AUAAGCAGCAACCACCGCAGCAUCAACUGCCGUUGCAGUCACAGACACAAGCGACUGCACCUCCAGCAGCACACCCACCAACAACUGGCCAUCAUCACCAUCAUCACCUUCAACAUCUUCCAGGGCAACCAUAUCAUGGUGCACAGCAGCAACCGGCAGUGGUUGGAGGAAAACUCAUACCAGGUGCAGGUGAAAUCCCCUCGCCAGAACAGAACAACAACUCGCUCGACUUCGAUCUGCGCAGCGUAGACAAGAAGGAGCUGGAGUAUGGUGAUACCACCAUCAUCGGCAGUAGUGCGCAUGUCGAUUGUUGCGAUCCGAUUGCGGCUGUCGAUGGCCUAACUGGACCCAUAGUGGUCACUUCUAGUGGUGAAUGUGGAGGAUCUACGACUUUUCUGCUGCAAUCGAUGCCGAGAGGACGACCGUUCGCAUCACCUCAUUCGUACGUUACCAGUACGGGUAUGGAGACAGGAUUGGGCGAUCAACUGACGGCUGGACAGACAACAGCUAGGGGUUCUGAAAUGGACAUGAAGUCCGGCGUACAGUCCCCUGCGGGCGGAAUAGCUGGAGAAGUAUCUCCAACUGUUGCGACAUCGGCCACCAUGUGGAUGGACAGUGUACUCGAUCUAGGGGAAAAGGAUGGUACUACGAGCAGCACGACAGGCAGUAAAUCGGUUGGCAAUGCUGCGACCUUAUCGAAACUCCAAACGAUAGCGAUGUUGGAUACGUUCAUGGACAAAAAGGGGUAUAACACCAACAGUCCAUCGCCUGGAGUUGGUGUGCUGCAGUCUGAUGGAGAUAAACGUUGCAAUGGCGAUGGCGGAGAGAUUGGUCGUCUGCAUGAAAUGCUACUCAACACCAGCCAACCAGCGUCACCGGCAACGAGCGGUGAUCAUCAUCGAACCAACGACGAGCAGCACAAGCAAAGCGCGUUCCAAGAGCUGACAGAUCUGCGUAGCCAGCCUCGCACUAACCAGACGUCCGUUUCCGUGAUGCUGACGUCGGUACAGUCCGUAUGCUCGUCCUCACCCACGUUGAACUCCUGCGCAAGCGUUGACGAGGUUUCGGCAUCGAUGUGGAGCAAUCUGAUCGAUCUGACCAGCCUUAAGCCUUCGCUACCGACGUCCGCAUCUUCGUCUUCGCUAGGGCUAGUGGAUCCCCUCAACGAUUCUGUUACUGGUGCUGUCGCUGGUGCCGGUAGUAGCUGCAACACUAGCACCAACAGUGCUAGCAGCAUCAUGCUUCUCGGUGGUGCUGGUGGUAGCAGCAGUAGCACUAGCACCAAUGCACUUGGCUGCGAGGAUUCGUACGAAGCGGGCAUAGCAGAUGGAAUGCGUGAGCUGGAGCUCCGGCUGGAGACGGAGUUACAGCUGGACGAGAACGGUAUCUAACCCGGACCAGCGGAUGGUUACUCUCCUUGUCCCCUAUGUCUUUGUGAGACAGAAUAUUGCUGCGCCGACUCUAGGAGAGCUACCUUCUGUUGUCUCCGUUCUGUCCGUUCUUGGCGAUUGUUACGUUUCUUUUUUAUCUUAUAGUUAUGUACCCUUUUUGACUCAGUCUUCGUCUCUGACGCCUCCUAGUAUAUUAACGUGGUUCACUAACCCUAAACGGACACUCAGCUCAAGCGAAUGUAGAACUGAAAUGUGUUUUAAACAUUUUCUACUUCAAUCGUUUAUCAUUUUGCCGGUGUGCUAAACCAUAGGGACGUUUAUUUCGUGCACGACGAGAUUAGCUAGUUAGUAAAGAGUUUCACCCGGCACUAGCAGGAAAACCGAGCUGACCGAGAGUAGCUUACCGCUUCCGUAAGCUUCGGGGUGUAGUAGCAGUGGCGUUAUAUCCGUCUCUCCUGGACGGCAACAUCUGUCUUGCUGCAAUGCAGCGACGAAUAGAUUAUCAUUCUUUCACCGCACAGGCGGUGUCGGCGAUGUACGCUGCACGGAACUACCUACUCCCUAAUUGAUCAUUUUUGCUUCGCUAUUUUUGCAACCACUUUUGCAAGCUACGAAUUGUGCAUAAGACGACGAUGACCUCCACGAUGACACUUGUUCAUGUUAUGCCAGGAUAGACGCUUCUUUGCAAACCGAUCGAACGAUCGUCACUCUUGCACACACAAACACACACAACGGUGAUCGCGCUUAUCCGCGCAGCGAGUUAAGCUGUUUAGUUAAUCGUAUACAAACCCAACCGUUAAGUAGUUAUUUAGUGUGGUGGUGGUGAUGGUAGUUUGGUGCUAGUACACGACAUAUGCACCCUUUGUUGUCCAGGUGUCGUCGUGGAGCAGCGCGCGUCGGCUGCGCAAGCAUAAAACGGAUAAAACAAUACAUAAAAAAAACUCUUUAAAGUAAUGCUAAGCAUUCAAUUUUUAUUUAAAUCGUAUCGCUCUGUCUCUAGCUCAAUUAACGAAUGUUUCAUUAUUGUUAAAAUUUAACUAUGUAUACAUACAUGUUUUGUAUAUCGAGCUACUAGCCGGCAGUUGUCAGCUUCACGCGUGUGAAGUCUU